ACACCCAAAUUUUUUUUCCCAACAUCCGGGUGCUUUGGAGCUAACCAGUGUGUGUGGAAACUAGGUAAGGAGGGCAGUGGAGAGCGGUAGAAAGGCGGACUGAUGACAGCUGUCAGUGUGGACAAAAACACAAUCAAUCUCUGAAGAGAAGCCGAAUGGCUCUCCCCUAAACCUCCAGGAGAAAAGGGACAACACCUUGGCACUAUCGCGGGUUAUUAAAAGGUGUCGCGAAGGUAUUUACAUACACUCUUGUGUAUUUUCUGGCCUUAUACAUCACUGGUGGAGCUACAGUUGCAGAGGCAACAUGGGGACACAAGGCUCUGGUAGAAAGCGUGCCCCUCUGAAAGAUCGGUUCUCAGCAGAAGAUGAGGCCUUGAGUAGCAUUGCCCGAGAGGCAGAAGCGAGGUUGGCAGCGAAGAGGGCAGCCCGGGCAGAGGCCAGGGAUAUUCGAAUGAGAGAACUUGAACGGCAGCAGAAAGAGCUUUCUUACCACUCAUCUGGCAGUAGCAACAGAAAAUGGGGUCAGAUCCACCAGUGGAUGGCUGACACAGAAAAAGCCAGAGCCUCUAGUAGUAGUAGAUCCAGCAGUCGUCAUCGCCGGGGGCUGGAUGAUGAUGUCAUGUCAGUCCGCAGCUACAGGUCAACGUCAUCAGCAGUACGUGACUUGGGCUCUAGUAGAAGUCGAUCCAGUUCCCGUAGAAAAGAUGCCUUGUCCGAUGGCCUCUCCACUAGCUCCGUCCUCAAGAGUACCCGCUCCACUAGUUCUGUCUACAAUGACCUGUAUGGCCAUAAAAAGGCUUCAUCCAGCACCUCGAAGAAGGGCCUGCUGACUGGUCUGUACCAUGAUCAAAGAAACAACACCAGCCUAACGAAGACCAAACCACCACCUCUACUCUCCACUUCCACCUAUCAGCCACGGGCCACCACUUCCUUGUCCUCCAUCACUGGCACGGGGCUGUCUCGCAGCUACAGCAUGGCCUCUAUUUACGACGACACUGGUCUUUACGGCUCGGGCUACAGUUCAAGAGCUCCCUCUGAAUACAGCUGGUACUCCUCUGGAGCCAGCUCCACUCGCAGCAGCCCUGUGUCUACCUCGGAUGAUGACACCGUCAGCAGUGUGUCCCAGGAACGCUUCAGCAGGGGCCGCAGGGACAGUGUGUCAUCUGACUUCUCUGACAUUAGUGAGUCGGCUGCUGAUUAUUUCAGCCGCUCCAACCGAAGGGGCAGUAUUGUGUCUGACCUUGAUGAUUUGAGCAUUCCAGAUCUGGACGCUCUGGAUGAAAAAUGUGACAAGCAGUAUUCAGAUUAUAGUCGGCCAUCCUCCCGCUGUGCCACCCCAGGCCUCUCAGCAGCCACGCUGGCAUCGCUGGGUGGCACUUCGUCACGGCGUGGCAGCACAGACACCGGUAGCGUCUAUGACCCUGACACCAGUCUGAGUGAACUUAGGGAUAUCUAUGAACUAAAGGACCAGAUUCAGGAUGUAGAAGGGCGGUACAUGCAGGGGCUUAAAGAGCUGAAGGAGUCACUUUCAGAGGUGGAGGAGAAGUAUAAGAAGGCCAUGGUAUCAAAUGCACAGCUGGAUAACGACAAAGCCAACCUCAUCUAUCAAGUGGACACACUAAAGGAUGUUAUAGAGGAGAUGGAGGAACAAAUGGCAGAGAUGAGGAGGGAGCUGGAAGAAAAGUCAAAGGAACUAGAAAGACAAAAGCACACAUGUACAGUCCUGCAGCAUAAACAAGAAGAACUGAAAGAGGGAAUCCGCCAGAGAGAUGAGCUUAUAGAGGAGAGCCAGCGAAUGCAGACUAAGUUAGAUGACCUCACCAGAGAGGUGUUUGACCUGCAGGAAACUAUAAACUGGAAGGACAAAAAGAUUGGGGCCCUAGAGAGGCAGAAAGAGUACUUUGAUUGCAUUAGGAAUGAGAGAGAUGAGCUCAGAGAUGAGCUCGCUGACAUCAAGGAGAAGGCCAAAGCAGGAGAGAAACACGGGCUGGUCAUCAUCCCAGACGGCACACCAAACGGAGAGGUCAACCACGAGCCUCUGUCCUCAGGGAUCACUGUGGUCUCCCAGGAGGCCGCCCAGGUGCUGGAGUCUGCAGGAGAGGGCCCGCUGGAUGUCAGGCUACGGAAGUUGGCAGAGGAGAAGGAUGAACUAUUGGCUCAGAUCAGGAAGCUGAAGAAUCAGCUGGAGGAGGAGAGACAGAAACACUCAAAGGUGGACAGUGCGUACACAGAUGGGGAGAGGAUGGAGAACGGUACAGACCUACACUUUAUUGAGAUGCAGAGAGAUGCCAACAGACAGAUUAGUGAAUACAAAUUCAAGCUUUCUAAAGCAGAACAGGAAAUGGGUACAAUGGAACAAAAUAUUAACAGACUUGAAGGGCAAGUGUCCAGGUACAAGGCAGCAGCAGAUAACUCAGAGAAAAUAGAAGACGAGCUUAAAGCAGAAAAACGGAAACUUCAAAGAGAGCUGCGCACAGCUCUAGAUAAGAUAGAGGAGAUGGAGAUGACCAACAACCACCUAGUAAAGCGCCUUGAGAAGAUGAAGGCCAACAGGAACGCCCUUCUGUCGCAGCAGUGAGGCAAGGCAGCGUCACCACAGAAAGCCCUGCAACUCCCACCUCAGACCUCUGACUGCCAUAUUGCGUCUGGAGCGCAUUUCCAUUUUCAGCUGUAACACUUUAAGAUUUGUAGCUAACCAAAAACACUUCAAAAAAAACUUGUAGCACAGGCAAAAAACUGAACUGUGUCUGUUUUUUGGUUUUGUUUUUUUUAAACCAGAAGUGUUGGUUUUCUCUGGUGAGCUGCCAGUGUUUUUGGAGGAAUGACUCAGAAACUUAACCAAUAAAAGUAUAAAGUUGCUGGGAGAUGCAUCAGAGGAAAUUUCUCUAGUCACUACUUAAUUUUUCAGAACUUUGUACUACAUCAUGUUAUAUACGAGAUUUAUUUCUCUCUGGCUGGGUGCUUGGCUGUAUUUUGUUUUGUUUAUUAUCCUUUCUUUUUUCUUUUUUUUUGAUAAGUUGCAUGAAUGAGUAUAAUUAUGCUUUUAAACUAUUCAACCCUCACGGCUGCUCCGGCCCUGCACCUUCUCUGCUUCCCCUCACACAGUGAAGUGCCUUUUCACACUAGGAGACUGGGGGUCUGCACUGCUCAAUGAAACAAUAAUUGUUUUAACAGGUACAGAUUGAUGUAUUUAAAACAAAAGGUGCAGUCAUUAUUUGAAAAUAUAUAGAACCAAACUGUGUCUGCUGCGGUUUCAUUGAAAUUUUUCAAAUAUUUAAAAGAUUUCUUGAAAAUAAAUGUGUAAUUUGCAGAAAUGUG